CUUGCCUCUGGUGGAGUCUGCAUGGGUCUGGGUGAGUGACUGGCACUUCCUGCAGAAGUUCCCUUCCCAUUUGACAGGACCUCACCAUGUCCACCUCCUUCCCCGAACUGGAUCUAGAGAAUUUUGAGUAUGACGAUUCUGCUGAGGCCUGUUAUUUGGGCGACAUUGUGGCCUUUGGGACCAUCUUCCUGUCCGUCUUCUACACCCUCGUCUUCACGUUCGGUCUGGUGGGAAAUCUGUUGGUGGUCCUCGCCCUCACCAACAGCCGGAAGCCCAAGAGCAUCACCGACAUCUACCUCCUGAACCUGGCCUUGAGCGACCUGCUCUUUGUGGCCACCUUGCCCUUCUGGACUCACUACCUCAUCAGCCAUGAGGGCCUCCACAAUGCCGUGUGCAAGCUCACGACUGCCUUCUUCUUCAUUGGCUUCUUUGGGGGCAUAUUCUUCAUCACCGUCAUCAGCAUCGACCGGUACCUCGCCAUCGUCCUGGCCGCCAACUCCAUGAACAGCCGGACAGUGCAGCACGGCGUCACCAUCAGUCUGGGUGUCUGGGCGGCGGCCAUCUUAGUGGCGUCACCCCAGUUCAUGUUCACAAAGAGAAAGGACAACGAGUGUCUGGGUGACUACCCCGAGGUCCUGCAGGAAAUGUGGCCCGUGCUCCGCAACUCGGAAGUCAACAUCCUGGGCUUCGCCCUGCCCUUGCUUAUCAUGAGCUUUUGCUACUUCCGCAUCAUCCAGACGCUGUUUUCCUGCAAGAAUCGCAAGAAGGCCAGAGCCGUCAGGCUCAUCCUCCUGGUGGUCUUUGUCUUCUUCCUCUUCUGGACACCAUACAACAUCAUGAUUUUCCUGGAGACUCUCAAAUUCUACAACUUCUUCCCCAGUUGUGACAUGAAGAGGGACCUGAGGUUAGCCCUCAGUGUGACCGAGACAGUGGCGUUCAGCCACUGUUGCCUCAACCCUUUUAUCUACGCCUUUGCUGGGGAAAAGUUCAGGAGGUACCUGAGACACCUAUACAGGAAGUGCCUGGCCGUCCUGUGCGGUCAUCCUGUCCACGCCAGCUUCUCGCCAGAGUCCCAGAGGAGCAGGCAGGACAGCAUUCUGAGCAGUUUUACUCAUUACACAAGCGAGGGAGAUGGAUCUCUCCUGCUCUGAAGGGGUCUGUCUCUCUGACCCUAGCUCCACUAAGAACCCAGAGUUCUUGCAUCAGAUUCCCCUGCCGCUCCCCCUACAUCUUAUGUGCAAGAAAUAUGGACCAGAUACCUGCAAAUCAACCCCAUGGUGUUUUUGAAAAAUUUAUGUUCGAUGUGUGAAAAACACACAUAUCUCUUAUUGCAAAUGUUGAACACUGGGGCUUACUGGUGACAAAAAUGCUAACCAGAUUAGUGCAAUUACAAAGGGUCCUGGUUGCAUGAUCAUGUGGUAAAGGGCAACUAAGUCCUCAGACAGAGCGGGGCCCAAGGCUUAGAUCCAAUGUUCCCUCUCUGGCCUUCAGAUCCUUCAUAGUGACAGAUCAUCCAGGCUUUAUCAUCAGAGAAGGACCACAUCUCUCUCUGAUUUCAAAAUUGGUAUUCCUAGGGAACACCUCCAUUGGCCGAGUGUGUCAGGUGUCCAUCCCUGACUAGGUGGUGUUAUUGAAAUAGAAGGGAUACCUAAGAUGCUGUUGGAGUCUCAAGGUUAGCGGUUGAGAGAGGCAUAUCUCUCAGAAGCUGGAGGGUGGGAGCUACUCUGACAGAGCAAGAAUGGCUGACCCGCCUUACCAUGGAGCUCACUCAGGCUCCCCUUCAGUAACUAGCAGUGUCUACUGCCAGCUUCUUUAAUCCUCUCUUGAGAUUGUCCUGAACUCUCCGAGGGUUAGGGUUUGGGUUACUGCUCACAGCAGUAAAUUCUUUUUUUUUUUUUUUUAAGAUUUAUUAUUAUAAAUAGGUACACUAUAACUG